AUGGAUUUGAUACAAAUGCUGCUUAAUCUUGUGGUGCCGCCGCUUGGCCUCGUCUUCCUGCUGUUAACCUGGCCUGCGGUCGCGUUCCUGAGCUUCUGGCGAUGGAUUUUCAGCUACGCGCUCGCGGAAAAUGUCCGCGGCAAGGUCGCCGUCAUCACUGGGGCUUCUUCCGGGAUUGGAGAGUACAUGGCUUAUGAGUAUGGCAAGCGUGGAGCCAAGGUGGUGCUUUGUGGGAGGCGAGAGAAUCAACUCAAGAACGUCCAGGAGCGCGUUGGAUCCGAGGGUGCUACUGAUACUCUGGUGGUUGUCGCCGACGUUUCUAGGGAGGAAGAAUGUAAGAAGGUUGUGGAUGAGACGAUCAACACCUUGGGAAAAAUUGAUCACCUUGUCUGCAAUCAUGGUAUUGCGAACAGCUUCUUCGUCGAGGAAGCGAAAGGUUUGGAGAUCUUCCGCAAGAUCAUGGAUGUGAAUUUCAUGGGUUGCGUCUAUACUACAUACUUCGCUUUGCCUCAUCUCCGCAAGAGCCGAGGAAAGAUUGUCGUCACGGCCUCGACUGCGUCCUGGCUUCCCAUCCCGAGGAUGUCAAUCUACAACGUAAAGUUUGUAUUUCUUUGCUCGUCUCAAACAAGGAUUUUCUAG